GAUCGUCGCAACUACCUAGAGAACAAAAAUAAGGAAAAAGAAGAAAUCAGUGCGUCAGUGAAAAACGUCGAAACAUGUAAACGAACCGUGAAUGUUAAAAAAUAGUGGAACGCUUUGAACAAGUGCACUCGUUACGCCUAGUGAUCGGUUACAAGAUUACAAUUAUACUUAUGUUGUUCGUUUAUUAUAUUCGUUUAAUAUGAGAUUAGAGGGUUUCCUCAUAUUUUGUAUCCUCGAAAUGAAAGAUGUGCUCGCGAAAAAUGCGCUCGAGCAUUUUUAACGACGCCUAGGACAAAUUUAAUCAUACCCGCCUGCUGCAUUUGGGUGAACAUCGAUCAAAAUGCACCACAUGUAUUCCUCAAAGAAAGGAGAUCCUCUCUGUCCACUUGGUUUUCAUCCGCAAGUGCGAUGGCCAACCCGUUGCAAAAGAUGCUUCAGAGAUUACAAGGAGCACGGAGGCAAGAAAGACAGCUUGAAGGAUAUCACAGCGUCGUCACCUAGUUUAUCAUACGAGCAAUCGUCAGGCCGAUCUGCCGAGAAUGGAAAACGUGGUUGGUCUUCAGCGACAAAUUUGGCAAAGGAUGACUUUAGAGCAAGCACAGAGUCAUCGUGCGCAGCAGCUGGUUGGACUUCGCUCAUGGAUCUUUCUGCUAUCGACAACGAAGAGAGAUUGGAAGAUAGGAGGCCAACUAAGUUACAAAUUAAGGAGGUUAUAGAUAACAGCAAUGAGAGCGCUUCAGAAAAUGACGUCGAGUUCAUAAUCCAGGUGAAGAAGUCGAAGACUGGUUCUUCGAAAAGCAGCGAAAAAAAUGGAGAACGACGAAUGGCAAGCGAAGAAUGGACGGAAAAAAGCGAGGUAGAACAGUUAAGGCUACAAGUAAGAGAACUGCAAGCACGAUGCGAGAGGGCGGAAAAGGAGAAGAGCGAGAUCCUGAUGAGGCGAUUAGCAACUAUGGAAACCAUAUCGAGUAAAGCUGCACCGAAUGAAGUACAGAAAUUACAGAAGAAGAAUGAAGCGCUCACGCAAGAAAAGAACAGUUUAUUGACCAAGAUAAGAGAUCUGGAGAAAGAAGUGAACUCGAAAACGUUUAGAGGAGAACGAGACCGGGAAAAGGAUGAGCUACGUUCGAAAUUGAAGGCAGCAGAGAAUUUAUGCGAGAGUCUGAUGGACGACAACGAAGAUAUGAAGAAAGAGAUACGGCAAUUGGAGGAAGAGAUAUACGAACUACAAGAUACGUUUAGGGAUGAGCAAGCGGACGAGCACGUUCGUUUACGAAAAAGUUUGGAACAGUCGAAUAAGAAUUGUCGAAUCUUGUCGUUUAAACUGAGGAAAGUUGAACGGAAGGUGGAAGAACUAGAAACUGAGAAAGCUACUCUGGAAAAGAAAUACGAAGAGGUGAAGAAAGUUGAAGAAACGUUGCAAAAGGUUAAAGGAGAAUUUCAAAGCAGGCCUCUGAAAAAGGCGACUGAAUUUACAACUAAAGUACAAUUGAAGAAGAUGGUGGAAGAAAUGGAAAAAGAAAUAGGAGAUAUGAUGACUGUCUUCACGAAUAUUUCUGAUGGCAAAGAGGUGAACAUUCAGGACAUGAAAAUCAAGGAUAACCACGGGAAAUACGACAAACUCUUAAAGGAGCAUGAAUUACUUAAGGAAAAGCUCGAUUCUGUUAUGAAAGAGUUGUUAGAUGAGAAAGAAAAGAAGAAAUUCAGUACUAAAGUCGAGGAAAAAAAUAUGGAUUUGCAAAACAUAAAAAAGAAAUUGGAGGAGGCAGUAACAUUGAGAGAAAAUGAAAGAAAGACAUGGGACCAAGAGAAGACAGCACUGCUCGAGGAGAAAGAGAAGCUAAAAUCGAAGCUUCUCUCUUUAUCCGCGGAGAAACUUAAAGUGUAUAACGAAACUGUACAAUUGAAAAAGGAUCUAGAAACAGUUAAGACAUCAGAGAACGAAGGUGCAAAGUUGGAGAAAACGAUAAACGAUUUGAAGAAAGAAUUGCUUAUGGAAAAAGAUAAAUCGAAGAAGCUACAAGAUGAUUUGUCAGGAUAUACGGAACGGGAAUCGAAAAUGAAACAAUCAAUGACAUCAGCUGAACAAACAAAGACUAAGCUCGAUACUGAGUUAAAACGCUUGAAGAAGGAAUUAGAAAACACAAAAACCUCCAAUUCCACGAAAAUAAAUGAUCUGACUAGGGAGGUUUCGGAAUUAAAGAAAGAAAAGGAAAAAUUGUUAUCUCAAGUCGACCAAGAGAAAGAAUCAAAGGAGAGUGAAGUAGCUACCUUGAAAAAGAAGAUCAGUGCAUUGGAGAAAACAGGAUUGAACACGAAACGAAUGAAUGAAUUGAGGCAGACAUACAAUGAAAAGAUUCUGAUGGCCUAUAUUUUAGAUUUGGAGAACGAACUCAAGAAAGGACAACUGGAAUAUGAUAAUUUGAAUGACAAAUACAAGGAAUUGACGAAUUUGAAAAAGCAAUUCGAUUUGGAUAAUGAGUCGCUUAAUAGCAAAUUACGAGAACAAAAUAUAGAGCUGAUAGGUAUUCGUAGAGAAUUGGAAUCAAUGCGACAGUCAAUGAAAAUGAAAGAAAGCGAAUGGCGAUCAGAGAGAUCAGCUCUAGAAAAUCGUAUACGAGAGAGUGAGCUGCCAAACAAAGCAUUGAUAACAGAUUUGAAUAAUGACAUAAGCAAUUUGAAAAAAGAAAACAAUACAUUAGUAACGCGAUUAGAAGAUUUAAGAAAAGCGAACGACGACCUUUCUGACAAACUAAAGGACUAUGAAGCAGUAUCAAAGAUCCAUCAAGCUCUUACACCAGACACAACAGCUUUGGAGUCGGAGAUACGAAAAUUGAAAAACGCCCUUGAAAACAUGGAGAAAGCGAAGAAAGCUGAUUUAGCUCAAUGUAAAAUGCGUUAUGAGCAUAGAAUCACUGCUAUCAACGAUGAAAUUCAAGCUAUUCAAAAUCAAUUGUCUAGGUACAAACGCGAGCGUGAUACAUAUAAACAUAUGUUAGAAGGUGCUCAAAAAACUAUCGCAGAAUUAAAGUCUGCUAGAGGUAGACAGUCGAACGCAUCUUCUGGGAAAUCUGACGAGGAAGAGGAAAUAUCUGGUGCCAGUAAAUUGGUUCUAGAAACGCAGAUUAAUAGCUUGGAAGACGAGCUUUCUGAAGCGAGAUUAGAAGCAUCCAGAUUGAAAGCUGAAUUGGUAUCCGAAAAGUCAGCGAGUCAUGUUAAAGUAUCUGAACUGCAGUCGCGAAUUAACGAGCUCGAAGAAGAAAAAGUGCUCACUAGUGGUAGAACGAAGAUUCCAGGACUGAAAGUUCGCAUGGAGUUAGCGUGGCAAAAAGAAAGAGAAGAGCAUCAGAGAUUAUUGCAAGAGACCGCUACACUGGCGAGGGAUUUGCGACAAACUCUAUUCGAAAUUGAAAGAGAACGUUCCAAGGAAAGGCUGGAGAAUAAGAGACGGCAAGAUCAAUUGAAAAAGGUGUACGACGAAGAGAAAGAAGAAAGCAAGAAGAAAUUGUUAGAGUUACAAUGCGAUUUGCUCGAAUUAAGGGACGCUCACGCAAAAUUAAGGACCAGUAACGAGAAAAUGAGACGCGAAAAGGAACGUCACGAGAAGGAGAGAGAAGAGCUCAAAGAUGUAAUAAUGAAGAAAUGUAAACAAGAACAGGUUGAAUUGCGAAAUCUGAAUGUAUUGAUGCAACAGGUCAAUGACUUGAUGAAACUUUUCCCCGAAUUGAACGGUAUAGCAGAAAAUGGAACUUCAAAUACUUAUACACCGACUCCACCAAGACGAUUAAAGGGACCAAAAUCGAGGGAAUCAUCACCACUGUCGGAUUCGAGAAGCGAUAUAAGAGGUUCAAAUUCUCAAUUUGUUGAGAGAACAGAAAAAUUAGAGUAUACCGUUAAAAAAUUAAUGGAUGUGGCAAAAGAACUGAAAGAAUCGAAGAAAUCUACGGACGAAGUAAAUACAACACGAUUGAAGAAACUUGGCAAAAGGUCAACAUCCGUGGAAAGUGACCCGGGGAAAGGUAUAACAACAUCUCGUUCGAAACCACGUUUGAAGAGAAAGAGUUUAUCUUUAGAACAGACAUCGGCACGAAAUGAAGAAUCACGCAUUUGGGGCACUGAUAGCAACAUGUCCAGUUUGCAAUCAUUAGAAAGUUCAGAUGCUGAAGGACGAGCACAAAGUUUGCAGAGAGAUUCCAGUGUUGACAGUCGCUUCUCUACUGGUUCUACUAAAAGCGAAAUGUUAGAGCGAGAAAAAAAGCAUAGUAAAGGUAUAAUAAAAAAGAUUACAACUAAAUUGACUAAAUCAGCCAGUGUGGAUGAUCCAAAUAUUUCUAUGGACCUUUCUCUUCAAACAUCAGAAUCUGAAACAAGCAUCAAUGAGAAGACUGAAAAGAAAAAUCUAAAGAAAAAAUUAACAGACAUGUUCAAAAGAGGAUCAAGAAGCGGCAGUGUAGAGAAGAAGAUAAGUUCUACGAAUCAUAGUAGGCCAACAUCGAGAAACUCCACAACAUCGAACAAAUAAUACGAUUAUAAAUUCCGAGGAAAGUAUGUCAUUAUAGAUAUUACACUAUUAUUCAAUUGUAAUGACAACAAAUAAUUCUGAACACCGAAUAAUACAGAAAUAAGGGUUUGCUCACUUGUGUGUAUUAGAACAUAUACAAAAAAAGUACACAACAAAAGGAUGUACAUAUAUGUAUUCAUGUAUGUAUAUAUCGACAUCCCUUUACUCUCUUAAUAUCAGAUUUGCACAAGCAUUUUCAAAUAUUUCAUUAAAUAUAUACAAGGCAUCAUACUAUGAUGCAAAUAAAAUGAAAUGUACAAUAAAUAAUCAACGGAUAUAUUUGCUCCA